AUGAAAUCUUUAAUUCUUUUAUGUGUCGUUCUUAUAACUGGAUAUUGUUUCCCAACGUCGAAUGAGUCUUGGUCUUUAUUCAAACGUGUUUUUAAAAAAAAAUAUUACUCCAAUGAAGAAGAAAUAAAUCGUCGUCAAAUCUGGGAAGAAAAUGUGGCAAUGAUUCAUCAACAUAAUCUUGAAUUUGAUCUUGGCCUUCAUAGUUAUACACUUGAAAUGAAUCAAUUUGGUGAUAUGACAAAUGAAGAAUUUCGAAAACAAAUGAAUGGAUUUAAAAUGGUUUCAGAGAACGAAAGAAAUCCAAUUAAUUAUCAAACAUUUUCAGCACCAGCAAAUCUUGUUUUACCAGAUAGUGUUGAUUGGCGUACAAAAGGUUAUGUAACAUAUGUAAAAGAUCAAGGUCAAUGUGGUUCAUGUUGGGCUUUCUCCACAACUGGUGCGCUUGAAGGACAACAUUUUGCAAAAACAUCACAACUUGUUCCACUUUCCGAACAAAACUUAGUUGAUUGUUCAUUGCUGAAUUUUGGAUGUAAUGGUGGUAAUCAGGAUCUUGCCUUUGAUUAUAUUAAACUCCAUCAUGGAAUUGAUACUGAAGAGACUUAUCCAUAUAUGGCUGAACGUCAACUCUGUCAGUUUAAGAAAAAAAAUAUUGGUGCUAAUGUUACUGUAAAUAUUUUUAUCUUUAAA